GCGGUCCGGCAUCCAGUCAGGAUAAACAGGACAGCACCGCGAGAGCAGCUCCGACACACAUUUGCAUCAGAUGUACAUCAGAUUUACACCAGACUGCAGGUUAUCGUGACAGCUGCGACGUGUUGCUGGUUAUUAUGUGUUUAUGUCGGGUCAGACGGGUUUAUAGCGGACUUUGAUCAAGAGCUCGAGACACGACACUGAUGACGGUCCAGUAUGCCGGAGUUCUGCUGUGGUUUGACCGGUCCGGGCGGGCUGGUCUUUGUGCUGGUGUUGUGGGGUCCAGUGGCGGCCAACACAAACGUCAUCAUUCAGAAAGACGCACAGUUUGAUGUGACAUAUUACGACACGGUCACCAGUGACAACCAGACCAUCUACUCCUAUAACCACACCGUCUCCAGAAACAAGAUGGAGGGCGUGCGGGUUUCGGUGGAGUUGUUGUCGGAGAGCGCUCAGAGUCCGGUUCUGUUCGUGGUCCGUCAGAAACAGGCGGUUCUGUCGUUUCAGGUUCCUCUCAUCCUCAGAGGCCUAUACCAGAGGAAGUAUCAGUACACUCAGGUGGGCCGCACGCUGUGUCAGCCGCCCAUGAAGGCCGUGUCAGAGAUGCAGUUCUUCUAUAUUGACGUGUCGACGCUGUCCAGCGCAGGGAUCCACUAUCAGCUGCGAGUCAGUCGUGUGGACAGCUUCACGCUGCAGACAGAUACGAAAUUCAGCUUCAAUGCCACCCCGUCCCAACCACAGUUCUUCAAGUAUGUGUUUCCUGACGGUGUGGACACAGUGAUAGUGAAGGUGAACUCACAGAAGUACUUCCCCUGCUCAGUCAUGUCCAUACAAGACAUACAGUGUCCAGUUUAUGAUCUGGAUAAUAAUGUGGCGUUUAUUGGAAUGUAUCAGACUAUGACGACCACAUCUGCCAUCACCGUGCAGAGGAAGGAUUUCCCCAGUAACAGUUUCUAUGUGGUGGUGGUGGUGAAGACUGAAGACGAGGCGUGUGGAGGACCGCUGCGGUUCUACCCGCUCUUACCCGAUGAGCUGAUGGAUGCGGGGAAUCGCAGUAAAACUCUGGAUGUGAUCGUGUCUCCUUCGAUUAACUCGGACGUGUAUGUGAUGGGGAUGCUCUUCUGUUUUGGGAUCUUCCUGUCGUUUUAUCUACUCACAUUUCUAAUGGCCUGUGUGGAGAAUAAGAGGAUCAACAGGAAGCGGGAGGGGCUUCUGAACCCAGCUGACACCUCACCUGCAGAGACAGCAUCUCUCUUGGGAAAUGCUGCUGUGUCUCCGUAUGAGUACGGCUCAUUUGCUGAUAACGGCAGCACAUUGAGUUCUGAAGCCAUGACCGACAGUUUAGCAUCGACUGAUGCCAACUAUGGAUACAUGGAUCGAUCAUUAGAGAGCGUCGGCCGCAGUCGCCAAGAGUCGUUGAGUUCGGUAGAAGAGGACGAGUACGACACGCUCGCCGACAUCGACUCGGACAAAAACAUCAUCCGGACAAAGAAGUUCCUUUGUGUGUCCGACCUCGCUCGCAAAGACAAACGCAUCCUCAGCAAGAAAUACCAGAUCUACUUCUGGAACAUCGCUACGAUCGCAGUGUUUUAUGCCCUUCCUGUCAUUCAGCUGGUCAUCACAUAUCAGACAGUUGUAAAUGUCACAGGAAACCAGGACAUUUGUUAUUACAACUUCCUGUGUGCGCACCCCCUCGGGGCUCUGAGUUCAUUCAAUAAUAUUCUGAGUAACCUUGGUUACGUGAUGCUGGGGCUGCUGUUCCUGCUCAUCAUUCUACAGCGGGACAUCCUGCAUAACCGCGCGCUGGAACGCAACGAUAGCGCAGCACUGGAGUGUGGUAUUCCCAAACACUUUGGCUUGUAUUAUGCGAUGGGCACCGCUCUGAUGAUGGAGGGGCUGCUGAGCGCCUGUUACCACGUCUGUCCAAACUACACCAACUUUCAGUUCGACACGUCGUUCAUGUAUAUGAUCGCUGGAUUGUGUAUGUUGAAGCUCUAUCAGAAGAGACAUCCAGACAUCAACGCCAGCGCGUACUCCGCAUACGCCUGUCUGGCUGCAGUCAUAUUCUUCUCUGUGCUGGGGGUGGUGUUCGGUAAGGGUAACACGGUGUUCUGGAUCGUCUUCUCUGUCAUACACAUUCUGGCUACAAUGCUGCUGAGCACACAACUGUACUACAUGGGCCGCUGGAGACUGAACUCUGGGAUCUUGCGCAGGAUAUUGAAUGUGAUCUACACAGACUGUAUUCGGCAGUGCAGUGGACCCAUGUACAUCGAUCGUAUGGUUUUGCUGGUGAUGGGGAACAUUGUGAACUGGUCACUGGCGUGCACGGCCUCAUCAAAUCGACCCAAUGACUUCGCCUCAUACCUGCUGGCCAUCGCCAUCUGUAACCUGCUGCUUUACUGCUUUUACAUCAUAAUGAAGUUCGUAGCGGCGAGCCGGAUCCACUGUCUGCCUCUAGUGUGUAUUCUCUUCACAGCGGUCAUUUGGGGUUUCGCUCUGUUCUUCUUCUUUCAGGGACUCAGUACAUGGCAGAAAACUCCAGCAGAAUCCCGUGAGCACAACCGCGAGUGUAUCCUGCUCUCCUUCUUCGACGAUCACGACAUCUGGCACUUCCUGUCAUCAAUCGCCAUGUUUGGAUCCUUCCUGGUUCUGCUCACUAUGGACACUGACCUCGACACGGUUCAAAGAGACAAAAUCUUUGUGUUCUGAAGGACACGUUUGUUUCGGGACUCUGUAUUGGCCAAUCACAGAGCAGCACCUGUGGUGUGCACCAGUGAGAGGCCUCCCUGCUGACUGUCUUCUCCUGCCAGUCAGGGAUGAUGGGGGAGGAGCCUCAUACAGGAACUGAUGCUGAUAGGACAGUGAAUGAGCCAAUCAAACCGCCAGCUGCUG